AUGGAUCACAAAGAGAUGACUGAUUAUCGUUACUUGCAUAUAGAUCCUGCUAUCGACGAAUGGACCUUGCGGACAUAUAAUCCUGCUAUCAAAGAAGAUAGUGACUCUGAUGAUACCGAGGUUUUAUCUGGUCGUGGUACUGAUGAUGAUUAUGGUUUUGAGGAUUAUAUGGGAUCUGAUCUAGAGUUGCGCGAUGAUACUGAUGAUAUGGACCAAACAGAUGAAUACGAUUCUGAAGAUGAUUUUAUUGACGACGGUGAGUCUUGUGAAGGAUCUGAGGGUUCAAGUAAUAACUCGGAAGGUGAUAGCGGUGAUGACGAAGAUGAAGAUGAUGACGAUGCUGAUUCGGCUGAUGAUGAUGAAGAUGAUGAUGAAGAUGUUAUGUUGGAUGAUGAGACUGAGAUUGACGAUGAUAGUGAGGAUCAGCAAAACGUCGAACCGAGUGAUAUACUCAUCGAAAAGAAUAUUAGUAUAUCGGGACACCAGAAUUUGGUGUGUACUUAUACAGUUUCUCUUGGUUCAAUGUGCUUUGGAAUGUGUGUGUCCUGUUUGAGUCCUUCCAAAGAUGGUUGUACUAUCUUUGUUAAGGUUGCGAUGCAAUAA